AUGUCGCCUGCUACUGAGACUGAGUAUCAUGAUCGCAUUGCCGGGAACGACACAUUGUCUCAGGCUAUGUUAAGGAUAUUGGAGAAGGUUGCUGGGCCAAAACCUAGAUCCGGGGGAAGUGGGGGUGUCACUGGGGUCACCCCUAAUGUGGCUAAGUACUGGAUUGAGGCCAAGGAAAGGAUCAUGGAUGACCUAGAUUGGACCUCUGAGCAGAAAUUAAAGGGUGCAGUCUCGCUGCUGCGCGAUAAGGCUUAUCAGUGGUGGCUUACUAUUAAGGAGGGCACUCAGCCCGAACGUCUGACUUGGGAGUUCUUUAAGACCGCCUUCCAGGGGAAGUAUGUAGGAGCUAGUUAUGUGGACUCCUGUAGGAGGGAGUUCUUGAAUCUAACACAGGGAGAUCAAUCAGUGGUCAAGUAUGAGGCCGAAUUCCUGCGACUGAGCCGUUAUGCGCGAGGUAUGGUGGCUACUGAAUAUGAGCAUUUUGUCCACUUUGAGGAUGGCCUCAGAGAUAAUUUAAGAAUCUUGAUAGGUCCGCAGAGGGAGCGUGAUUUUUCUUCACUGGUUGAGGAAGCAAAAAUCACCGAGGAGGUUAAGUGCACUGAGCACCAAAACUGCGAUAGGGAGAGAGGUAGGAACAAGAGGGAUUCAGAGUUCUCGAGUUCUGUGCAGAGGCCUAAGAAAAAGGCUAGAGCUGAUGGGCCAGUUAAAGUUGGGCCCCUUGUUACUGCUACUGGACUGCAGCCAUGUGUCGACUGA